UCAUUUAUAAUUUCUAUUUCAAGAAAUAUAGAAAUAUGGCACCACGCGGUCCCAAUUUUACAACAGAAGAAGAUACAAUGAUAUGUAGAAUCCAUUUAGCCAUAUCUCAAGAUUCUGCUACCGGAACCGAUCAACCAGAAAGAGUAUUAUGGAGUCGGAUCAAAGAUAAGUUGGAAGAAGCCCUGCCUUGUAAACCAAAACGUACUUGGACUUCUAUCCAGAGUCGAUUUCAGGGAAUAAGUAGACAGGUUUCACUUUAUUCUGCAAAAGUGUUGGAAGUUGAUGGUGAAUAUCAUAGCGGAUGGAAUGAAGUCUUGAGGGUUGAAGAGAUAAGAAAGCGAUUCAAAGAAAGUAAUGGUAACAAAAAAUUUAAGCACGAAGAGUGCUACGAAAUUCUAAAAGAUAGUAUCAAAUAUUCAGGACGGUCGACGUUUGUGUUUGAUUCAGGCCAAGAAAUGGAAGAUUCUCAGAGUGGUGAGGAAAACGCUGAUAUUGAGGAAACAAUUCCAGGCGAGUCCAGUGAUGAUCUAGAUAUUGGAGAUGUAGAGAACACACGUAAGCGUCAGUUGGGGAAGAAAGCAUCGAAACAACUAAAGAAAACAGGGAGAGCAAAAUCCAAUGCCCAGGAGGAAAUGCUAGAGGAUAUAAUUAAGGAGCAGCCCUGCGACCAACAUCAGAGGAUAUAA